AUGGCAUCAGCGGAGCUCGAUUCCACAGCUGAAUUUGAGCGUCGAGCUUUGCAUCUAGGAGUGGAAAGAGGCACUGUAGACGCACUUCGGGCCCAGGGGCUCAAUAGUUAUGGGAAAUUUGCAUUCUCAGUCCCAUAUUCACCGGGGCAAACGGAUGAAUCUCCCCUCUGUGACUUGAUUGCUCGCACCAUCGGAGCUGCUCCUAGCGACGGGCAGAUGGCGGCGUUGCGGAGGUUGUUCUGGGAAUCUCAUUCAUUAGCCCUGGCCGACAUUCGACAGCGUUCUGAGCAUGGCUCUGAGUCGGUGAGCAAGAAACUCCCUGCCUCGGAGCGAAAAGCUAGAGCUGAAGAGCAGAAGACCCGCCUCACUGGGGUCAUCUGGGGCCCUGAUAGUGAGCCAUCCCAUCAACUCGUUGACCGUUUUGUGGCAAUGGUAGAGGAAGGAGUGGUCAGCUAUGUGCGGCCAGAACUCUGCACUAGCCGCGCUUUGGAAGUUGCGAACACCAAACAGACCAAUGCUUUUCAUUUGGGACCGGAUGGAAAUUUGAAAUUGAAAGAGAAGGAUGUGGACCUUGAAUGUCCCAUUUCUGGCGAGCUCAGGCUCCGUGAGGCAUAUCGUAGGAAAGCCUUAGCCAUGGAUAUUGCAGCACUGGUGUCGUAUCGCGUCGCAGAAGAAUGGCAUUCCUAUUUGUUCAUGGCUCUCCAACGAGAAGUCCCCAAAGGUUUCCGUAGCAUUUCUGUGGCUCAGCUCAUGGCAGCUGACAAGCGUCUCUGGAUUCUGUUGUCGGAGCAAACAAGGGGAGAGGUCCAUUCUCGCGCUGGCCAAGACAAACCGUGCGAUGCGGCGCUCACCAAGUUGUCCUCAUCCCAUGAUGUGCUCAAUUUCCUCAUUCCAAUUCCAGAUGUCUUGGACAGACAGCCUUCAUCAUCAAGAAGCUCGCCGUACCUCGACACCAGGAGCAAAGGCAAGGGCAAAGGUGGAAAGCAAUCGUCUAAGUCUGCACCAGCAACUGAGGCUCCUCUACCUGAGGGAUGUUCACUGCAGAAAGCGGACGGCAAGCCAGUUUGUGGAUUAUUCAACCGUGGCAAAUGUUGGCACAAGACAAAGCCGGGGAAACGAUGCCCCCAUGAGGGCACAGCUACGAGUGGCGGCUCAUUUGGCGCCAAAAAUGGGGCGAAACAUGAGCUAUGCAACAAUGCGCCUGGCCAAGCCAUCGCCGCUGCUGAGCAGCAUCUCACCCACGCAGGUUUUGGUCAAGCCAACCCUGAUACGAAUUCCAAUGCGCCAGAAGACGUUGCAACUGGUAAAGCUAUGUUUGCGACAGGUGCUCAGAGCAAAUCUAUUUCCACCUCUGACACAAAACGUCAGAAGCUGGAGGUAGAAGAAGAGGGCAUUGCAGCAUCGGGCAAAAGACCUUUUUUUGUGGAACUUUUUAGUGGCAGCGGCAACCUUAGUCGGGCACUGGCUGACUCAGGAUUCAAUGUGGUGGCUAUUGAUUGGCACAACAGGCAUCAGGUGUCCUUCGCUCCCAUCGCUUUGGACCUUGCUAGCGAUUCUGGUCAAGAGGUCAUGUGGAUGAUGGUGAAGACUUUGAAGCCAGAUGCCAUUCAUGCUGGCGUUCCUCAUGGCACGGUGUCCAGGGCAAGAGAAAAACAAAUCCCUCACCGGCUUCGAGCCCAAGGGAAGCCACGACCUGCCCCUUUACGCAGCGCUGAAUGGCCGUUGGGCUUGCCAAAUCUUUCUGCAACAGACCAGAAGCGAGUUUCCCAGGAUAAUAGAUUGUUUUAUUUGGUUUUUGAGCUCAUUCUUUACAGUGUCGAGCAUUCCAUUCUGUUCACAGUCGAGAACCCGCGACGCUCUUGGUUUUGGGCCGUGCUGGUGGCCUUUGCAAAGCAGCAUUCUCUUUAUGCCUGUGAAAUUGUCAACAGGCUUUUCACUGUAACUUGGGACGCAUGCAUGCACGGUGAUGUCAGAAAAGCAACAAAAAGAAUAGACUGCACGCAGAAUGCUUUGCAAGCCUUGGCCGCGCCGUGUGAUGCGGCGCAUGAGCAUGAACCACUCACUGCGUUCACGAGUGAUGCUGGUAGAUUUCAGUGGGCCUAUCCUGUUUUGCUUUGUCGGCGAUGGGCCCAGGCUUUGAUUGAACAUCUGAAAGUGGGCGUCUUGCCACCGCGCCCAGAUUUGCACCUCCAAACCACAGCGUUGGGAUUCCGUCAGUCCCGCAGAAACCGGCAGCUCAUACCGGAGUUCCUCAAGAUCUUUGAUUUUGACCUCGCAAACAAACCUUUGCCACCUCUCUGCAAAAAAUUAGGCCCAUCAUUACAUGGGGAGAAGUCUAUGGGCCUUUUUCGGGUAGGCAUGUUCCAUUCAAUGAGCCAAUUUGUGGACAAGUCUUUGCUCCUGAAGCACCCGCUGGACACUAUGAACCCAGUUCCAGACAGCAUCAAGCUUGCAAUUUUCAAUAUUCUUACCCUUGGCUCCCAUGACGUUGCGUCUCGGCGGGCCUCUGCCUUGAAGAAGGCGCUUUUGCUGAAGCAGCAGCUGGCGGAAGAGGAAGAGAAAUUGCAUAGGUCAUGGCCGGAGCAUAAGCAGAUUGUCUUGCGAGGCAAAUCCAUUUUGCUUUUCCAGAAGCUCUUGCAGAUCACUGGCUACGACGAUCUGGAGGUUGUAAAUUUCAUGUUGCAUGGUGUUGAGUUGACCGGACAUCACAGCAAGCCUGUGUAUGCGGAUAUGAAGGUCGUGCCGGCCACUUCUACCCGUGAGCAGCUGGAGACAGAAGCCCUGUGGCGCCGGAAGGCUUUAAUGACGCAGCCAUGUGAUGUGGACACUUUUGAAUUUUUGGACGAGCAGACUCAGGCGGAAGUUACUGCUGGCUUCCUGCAAGGCCCUUUUUCUGAGGAGCAGAUUUCGGCUCAGCUUGGUAGAUGCGACUGGGUGCUGAACCCUCGCUUCCUGUUGAUGCAGGGGCAAGGUCCACAGAAGAAGCCUCGCAUUAUUGAUGAUUGCAAGAAGUCUGGGUUGAACAAUUCUUUUACUUCUGUGGAGCGCCUUCAACUUCAAGAUUUUGAUUUUGUGGUGGCUGUUACCAAGCUGCUGGGUUCAUGUGUGAAAGACGGCCAAGUCACAAUGGCGUUAGCGACCGGGGAAGUGCUGGAAGCGGGGCUGCACCCGUCUAUGCGAGGGCAACGUUGGCUCGCCCGAACGUUGGAUCUGGCGAAAGCCUAUAAACAGAUGUGUAUCGCAUGUUCCUCCCGGCACCUCGCCGUCGUGGGAUACCCUGCUCCAAGCACUGAUGGCUGGAAAUUUUAUUUGUCAUCAUCUAUACCUUUCGGAGCAGUUGGAAGCGUAUUUGGUUUUUUGCGCGUCGCGCGGGCAAUUUGGUUCCUCGCUGUCGUGUACCUUGGAAUUCCAUGUUGUCAUUAUUUCGAUGACUUUCCACAUUUUGAGACGGAAUCAUUGGCUUCAUCAUCGCGUUUGGCGUUUGAGGGGCUGCUGAAGCUGAUCGGCUGGCGCUUUGCUGAAGGGGAAAAGAAUCUUCCCUUUGCGGAUCAUUUCAACAUUCUGGGUGCCACCAUUGAUUUGAGUUCAUUGCCAACAGGUUUCUUCACAGUGCAGAACAAGCCGGGUCGCAUGCAACAUAUUGCAGAGCUGACAAGAAAUUUGAAAGAGAGCAGAGCCGCGGCAGACUUGGCAGUGGUACGCGGCCACGUGACUUUUGCAUCUGGAUUCUGUUUGGGCCGGUUCCUGCAGCCUGCCGCGCGUGAAAUUGGCUUGGCAUUUGCUUCUUCAUCUCCAUUGCGCGGCGACCUAAUACAGCUGGCUUGCGACAAGCUCCUCAGCCUUUUGGAACGUUCAAAGCCCAAGACUAUAAGCUGCUUUCACGAGGGGCCCCCAAUUGUGGUUUUCACUGACAGUGCAUUUGAAGGUGGGGUUGCGACCGCGGGAGCAUUGGUCAUUGAUCCUUUGAGGGGGCCGCCUUUAGUUUUUGAUGGUGUUGUCCCACAUGAAGUUGUUUCAAAGUGGAUGGAAGCUGGAAGCAAGCAGGUGAUCUCCCAGGCUGAGCUGUUUGUCUUAGUUUGCAUGCGCGUUGGCUUGAAACAUUCUUUUCACCGAAGGAAAGUUCUCUUUUUUGCAGAUAAUGAAGCCGCGCGCUUCGCAAUAAUCAAAGCGACCAGCGGCAGUUCUUCCAUGCAACAGUUAGCCUCUGCAUUUCACGAGUGUGAUUGCGAACACGAAUGUUUUCAUUGGAUUGAACGCGUUCCUUCAGCUUCAAACCCUGCAGAUUUGCCGACGCGGAAUAGGACUAAGGAUCUCUUGGACCUUGUUAAGGGUCAGUAUGCCGGCAGUGUGCCAUUCGAUGCUUCUCUGAUCAGCAUGGUUCUGAGCGCUGCGCAUCAUGAUUUUCUUUUCGAACUUUCCACUGGUGAUGCCCCCAUCUUAUCAAGUUUGAGCCAGUAG